GUGUGUGUGUGUGUGUGUGUGUGCUUGCGAGAAGAGAAGAGCAGAGAGGAGAGGAGAGAAUAAAGGGAACUGCUAUUUAAAACUAAAUUUAGAACCAAACACACCGUUUCCUUCUAAACAUAUGAUUAAACUAAGGGGGGAACAGUACCUCAAACUGGCAUGACCAACCAACGACUUCCUCUGUUCUCCACUGUCGGGAUGCAGAACCCCGGGAAGGAGCACCUGUACAAGGUGUUGGUGAUCGGGGACUUGGGUGUGGGGAAGACCUCCAUCAUUAAGCGGUAUGUCCAUCAGACUUACUCCACCAACUACCGAGCCACCAUCGGCGUGGAUUUCGCCCUGAAGGUCCUGAACUGGGACUCGGAGACGGUCCGGCUACAACUUUGGGACAUCGCCGGUCAGGAGCGGUUUGGGAACAUGACCCGUGUGUACUACCGAGAGGCCAUGGGGGCGUUCAUCGUGUUUGACGUGACACGGCCCACUACCUUCGAAGCCAUCACCAAGUGGAAGGAGGACCUGGACUCUAAACUCAUGCUGACCAACAGAGAGAGCAUCGCCACGGUCCUAUUGGCUAAUAAAUGUGAUCAGGGGCGGGAGGUUCUGACCAAUAACGGCGUGAAGAUGGACCAGUUCUGUAAAGACAACGGCUUUGUGGGCUGGUUCGAGACCUCAGCCAAGGAGAACACCAACAUCAGCGAGGCAGCAAACUUCCUGGUGAAACACAUCAUGGCUACAGAGAAUGAUUUCCUAAAGUCAGUGGUCCCAGACACCAUCUCUCCAAAACUAAAUGACUCACAACCUGGGACCUGCUCUGCCUGCUACAAACCAUAGCUAGACAACUCACAACCUGGGACCUGCUCUGCCUGCUACAAACCAUAGAGGGAGGAGAGGAGGAGAGGACUGGGGAUGAUGUGAAGGGAGGAGAAGAUAGGAAGAGAAAACUGGUUCAAACUAUAGAGGAAGGAGAGGAGGAGAGGGUGAAGAGAGGAGAGGAGACAGACCCUGGAGAAGAGUAAGAGGGAGUGGAACGGGGCUAUGCUGGUCCUCUGUUGUUCAAUUUGUAGAGCAAAUUUGUAGAGUGCUUCUAACACCAGGGUAGUGGGUUCAAUUCCAGGGACCACUCAUACGUAAAAGGUAUGCACGCAUGACUGUGAGUCGCUUUGGAUAAAAGUGUCUGCUAAAUGUAAUAUAUUAUUAUUAUUAUAUUGGGGAGCUGAUUGAAUGUCAUUGCAAGUUCCCUCCAUAUCCACCUCUCCAGAAGACAGAGGCGCUGAUUUCAAACAUCCUCUUCUCCUCGAUCCUUGGCCCUCCAUUUACACAUUCAUGCGCAAUUUCGUGUUUCAAAGCUGAUGGAGUGAAAAUUAGACCCUUAUAUAGCCACUUCAGCUGGGCCAGCAAGGCUUCAGAGCGAAGUGAUAUCCCAACAUGCACUGCGAUAUGUUUGGAGUUUGCACAAUUUUAUACAAAAUAAUGGGGAGGCCUAAUUAUAUGUCAUGAAAGUUUGUUUAUGUCUGAUUUGGAGACUUGUAACAGAUGAAAUACCUCCCAAAUUAAAUGUUUACUGAGGUUAUUCAUAUGCAUUCAGAGAGUAUUCAGACCCCUUCCCUUUUUUCCACAUUUUGUUACGUUACAGCCUUAUUCUAAAAUGGAUCAAAUUACAUUUCUUCAUUAUCAAUCUUCACACAAUACCUUAUAAUGACAAAGCCAAAACAGGUUUUUAGACAUUUUUGCAAAUGUUUUCAAAAUAAAAACCUUAUUUGCACAAGUAUUCACACCCUUUGCUAUGAGACUCAAAAUGUUGCUCGGGUGUUGUUUCCAUUGAUCAUCCUUAAGAAACAUCCUUGAGAUGUUUCUACAACUUGCUUGGAGUCCACCCGUGGUAACUUAAAUUAAUUGGACAUAUGAUUUGGAAAGGCACACACCUGUCUAUAUAAGGUCCCACAGUUGACAGUGAAUGUCAGAGCGAAAACCAAUCCAAGAAGUCGAAAGGAAUUAUCUGUAGGGCUCUGAUACAGGAUUGUGUUCUGGGGAAGGGAACCAAAACAUUUCCGCAGCAUUGAAGGUCCCUAAGAACACAGUGGCCUCCAUCAUUCUGAAAUAAAGUUUGCAACCACCAAGACGCCCGGCCAAACUGAGCCAUCGGGGGAGAAGGAUCUUGGUCAGGGAGGUGACCAAGAAGGUGACCAAUAAUCCAAUGGUCACUCUGACAGAGAUACAGAGUUCCUCUGUGGAGAUGGGAGAACCUUCCAGGAGGACAACCAUAUCUGCAGCACUCCACCAAUCAGGCCUUUAUGGUAGAGUGGCCAAACAGAAGCCACUCCUCAGUAAAAGGCACAUUACAGCCCGCUUGGAGGUUGCCAAAAGGCAGCUAAGAGAAACAAGAUUCUCUGAGCAAAGUGCAGAGAUAUUCUUGAUCCACUCUUUAUCAGGCCUUUUCUAUUUUUUUUUAUUUAACCUUUAUUUAACUAAGCAAGUCAGUUAAGAACAAAUUCUUAUUUUCAAUGAAAGCAAAACCCUAACUCAGAUGACGCUGGGCCAAUUGUGUGCUGUCCUAUGGGCCUCCCAAUCACGGCCGGUUGUGAUAAAGCCUGGAAUCGAACCAGGGUCUGUAGUGAUGCCUUUAGCACUGCGAUGCUGAGUAACCAGACGGAAGGCACAUGAAAGCCUGCUUGGAGUUUGCCAAAAGGCACCUAAAGACUUUCAGACCAUGAGAAACAAGAUUCUCUGGUCUGGUGAAACCAAGAUAGAACUCUUUGGAUUGAAUGCUCUGCGUCACAUCUGGUGGAAACCUGGGACCACCCUACAGUGAAGCAUGGUGGUGGCAGCAUCAUGCUGUGGGGAUGUUUUUCAUUGCAGGGACUGGGAGACUUGUCAGAAUCGAACCAAAGAUGAACAGAGAAAAGUACAGAGAGAGCCUUGAUGAAAACCUGCUCCAGAGUGUUCAGGACCUCAGACUGCGGCUAAGGUUCACCUUCCAACAAGACGAUGACCCUAAGCACACAGCCAAGACAAUGCAGGAGUGGUUUCGGGACAAGUCUCUGAAAGUCCUUCAGUGGCCCAGCCAGAGCUCGGAUUUGAACCCGAUCGAACAUCUCUGAAGAAACCUGAAAAUAGCUGUUCAGCAACACUCCCCAUCCAACCUGAGCAUGAAAGGAGCUUCAGAGAGGAAUGAGAAACUCUCCAUAUACUGGUGUGCCAAACCUGUAGCGUCAAACCCAAGAAGACUCGAUGCUGUAAUCGCUGCCAAAGGGGUUUCAACAAAGUACUGAGGGUCUGAAUAAAAUGUACAAACAUUUCUAAUAACCUGUUUUUGGUUUGUCAUUAUGGGGUAUUGUGAUGUCAUUAAGGGGUAUUGUGAUGUCAUUAUGGGGUAUUGUAAUGUCAUUAAGGGGUGUUGUGAUGUCAUUAAGGGGUAUUGUAAUGUCAUUAAGGGGUGUUGUGAUGUCAUUAAGGGGUAUUGUAAUUUCAUUAAGGGGUAUUGUGAUGUCAUUAAGGGUGUUUGUGUGUGGAUUGAUGAGGGGAAAAAACAAUGCAAUCAAUUUUAGAAUAAGGCUGUAACAUAACAAAAUGUGGAAAAGGGGGUCUGAAUACUUUCUGAAUGCACUGGGACACAUCAGUUACUGUUACCGUGAUACAGUUGAAGUGGGAAGUUUACAUACACCUUAGCCAAAUACAUUUAAACUCAGUUUUUCACAAUUCCUGACAGUUAAUCCCAGUAAAAAUUCCCUGAUUUAGGUCAGUUAGGAUCACCACUUUAUUUUAAGAAUGUGAAAUGUCAGAAUAUUUUUUAUAUUUUUUAUUUCACCUUUAUUUAAUUAACCAUGUAGGCUAGUUGAGAACAAGUUCUCAUUUACAACUGCGACCUGGCCAAGAUAAAGCAUAGCAGUGUGAACAGACAACACAGAGUUACACAUGGAGUAAACAAUUAACAAGUCAAUAACACAGUAGAAAAAAAGGGGCAGUCUAUAUACAAUGUGUGCAAAAGGCAUGAGGAGGUAGGCGAAUAAUUAAAAUUUUGCAGAUUAACACUGGAGUGAUAAAUGAUCAGAUGGUCAUGUACAGGUAGAGAUACUGGUGUGCAAAAGAGCAGAAAAGUAAAUAAAUAUAAACAGUAUGGGGAUGAGGUAGGUAAAUUGGGUGGGCUAUUUACCGAUAGACUAUGUACAUCUGCAGCGAUCGGUUAGCUGCUCAGAUAGCAGAUGUUUGAAGUUGGUGAGGGAGAUAAAAGUCUCCAACUUCAGCGAUUUUUGCAUGUCAUUGAAAACCUGCUCCAGAGUGUUCAGGACCUCAGACUGCGGCUAUAGUAGAGAGAAUGAUUUUUUUCAGCUUUUAUUUCUUUCAUCACAUUCCCAGUGGGUCACAAGUUUACUCAAUUAGUAUUUGGUAGCAUUGCCUUUAAAUUGUUUAACUUGGGUCAAAUGUUUCAGGUAGCCUUCCACAAGCUUCCAACAAUAAGUUGGGUGAAUUUGUCCCAUUCCUCCUGACAGAGCUGGUGUAACUGAGUCAGGUUUGUAGGCCUCCUUGCUCGAUCACGCUUUUUCAGUUCUGCCCAAAAAUGUUCUAUUAGAUUGAGGUCAGGGCUCUGUGAUGGCCACUCCAAUACCUUGACUUUGUUAUCCUUAAGCUAAUUCGCCACAACUUUGGAAAUAUGCUUGGGGUCAUUGUUAGUCGAGGUAAUUGAGGUCAUAUGUACAUGUGACUGUUCAUAGAUAAUAAACAGUGAGUGGCAGCAGCGUUAAAGAAGGAACAAUGCAACUUGCCCAGGUCGCCAUUUCAUUAGCUGUUCAGCAGUCUUAUGGCUUGGGGGUAGAAGCUGUUAAGAAGUCUUUUGGACCGAGACUUGGUGCUCCGGUACCACUUGCAAAUACUUAUUUUCCACCAUAAUUUGCAAAUAAAAUUAAUUAAAAAUCCUACAAUGUGAUUUUCUGGAUUUUUUUCUUCUCAUUUUGUCUGUCAGUCUAAUGUCCAUUGCUCGUGUUUCUUGGCCCAAGAAAGUCUCUUCCUAUUAUUGGUGUCCUUUAGUAGUGGUUUCUUUGCAGCAAUUCGACCAUGAAGGCCUGAUUCACGCUGUCUCCUCUGAACAGUUGAUGUUGAGAUGUGUCUGUUACCUGAACUGUGAAGCAUUAAUUUGAGCUGCUAAACUCAUCCUCUUCCUUUCUUCCUCUUCCUGUCCUAUGGCGGUCCUCAUGAGAGACAGUUUCAUCAUAGCGCUUGAUAGUUUUUGCGACUGCACUUGAAGAAACCUUCAAAGUUCUUGUCAUUUUCCAGAUUAACUGACAUUCUUGUCUUAAAGUAAUGAUGGACUGUCGUUUGUCUUUGAUUAACUGAGCUGUUCUUGCCAUAAUAUGGACGUUUGUCUUUGAUUAACUGAGCUGUUCUUGCCAUAAUAUGGACGUUUGUCUUGGAUUAACUGAGCUGUUCUUGCCAUAAUAUGAACGUUUGUCUUUGAUUAACUGAGCUGUUCUUGCCAUAAUAUGGACGUUUGUAUUUGAUUAACUGAGCUGUUCUUGCCAUAAUAUGAACGUUUGUAUUUGAUUAACUGAGCUGUUCUUGCCAUAAUAUGGACAUUUGUCUUUGAUUAACUGAGCUGUUCUUGCCAUAAUAUGGACGUUUGUCUUUUUACCCCCCUACCUUGUCACAACACAACUGAUUGGCUCAAACGCCCUUCUGUGGUGUUCAUGUUUUAGUUUUUCGCCCAAUGUCGCGGGUCUGAUGGACCCACAUCAUUAUUGGGUUAUACAGCCAUAACAAUUUACCUAAAAAUACUUAAUACUUAGAUGUAGACUUUUAUCAAGUACAAGCAGACAGCAUUCAUGGUUAAUACUUGCCAUUUUCCUGCUAGAUCACAUUUAUCAAUAAAAGCUAAUAAUAUGA